AUGCAAAGUGGAUCAAUAUGCCCCACCAAUGGGGUAUAUUGGGCAACUCCGAAGGGCAAGUUGAGCCAUGAAGAAAAACAGGAAUAUCGCAUCUUGAUCAAACAUUGUUUUUUGAUGGGAAAAACUCCUGAACGAUCAUUGCAAUGGUUGCAGAAAUGUUAUCCCACAUCUGCUCCUUCGAGAACAACAGUCUAUCGGUGGUUUAGUGAAUUUAAAAUGGGUCGUACAAGCACCGAAGACGCACCUCGCUCUGGAAGGCCAAAAGAGGCUACGAAUGCGGAAAUCGUAAAGCAAGUGCAUCGAAUCGUUUUGAAUGAUCGUAAAGUGAAGUUGCGCGAGUUAGCUGAGGCCGUGGGCAUCUCAAAAGAACGGGCGGGAUACAUUUUGCACGAUGUUUUGGAGAUGAAAAAGCUAUCGGCGCGAUGGGUGCCGCGCUUGCUGACCGUCGACCAGAAACAGCAGCGUGUUGGUGAUUCAACGGCCGGUUUGGCGUUGUUGCAGCGUAAUCGAGCGGACCUUUUUCGACGUUUUGUGACGAUGGAUGAAACGUGGGUCCAUUAUCAUACGCCUGAAAGAGAUUCAGAUCAAAUGAGGAAGUCAUCGCGGAAACCGAGGCGUAUUUUGAAGGCUUGGACGUUUCGUACUACAGAAAGGGCAUCGAAAUGUUGGAAAAUCGCUAUACCAAGUGUAUCGCCCUCGAAGGCAACUAUGUUGAGGAAUGAACAUAACUUUGCCCAAAAAACGCUCGUUUUCAUUAAAAAUCCCGGGACUUUUCAGCCCAUGUAGUACAUGAAGAGCAUAAAUAAACGCAAAUCA